AUGGAUGGCGAUGUUAUGCUUCUUCUUCGCGAUGUGAGAGGGUCGUUGAGUGAUGGCGAUGAGAGGGGCUCGCAUGAUGGCGAUGAGAGGGGCUCGCAUGAUGGCGAUGAGAGGGGCUUGCAUGAUGGCGAUGAGAGGGGCUCGCAUGAUGGCGAUGUGAGGGGCUCGCAUGAUGGCGAUGUGAGGGGCUCGCAUGAUGGCGAUGAGAGGGGCUUGCAUGAUGGCGAUGAGAGGGGCUCGCAUGAUGGCGAUGUGAGAGGCUCGCAUGAUGGCGAUGAGAGGGGCUCGCAUGAUGGCGAUGUGAGGGGCUCGCAUGAUGGCGAUGAGAGGGGCUUGCAUGAUGGCGAUGAGAGGGGCUCGCAUGAUGGCGAUGUGAGGGGCUCGCAUGAUGGCGAUGAGAGGGGCUCGCAUGAUGGCGAUGAGAGGGGCUCGCAUGAUGGCGAUGAGAGGGGCUCGCAUGAUGGCGAUGAGAGGGGCUCGCAUGAUGGCGAUGAGAGGGGCUCGCAUGAUGGCGAUGUGAGGGGCUCGCAUGAUGGCGAUGUGAGGGGCUCGCAUGAUGGCGCCUCUCGUGUACUUCACUACACUCUUCAAGUUCUCCUCGCUCCUGUCCCCUCCUGCCCUCCUCUCCCCCAUCCCCCAUCCCCCAGUCUCGUGUACUUCACGACUCUCUUCAAGCUCUAUGAAGUUGAGUUCUACGUCAAGGCAGACGACGACAUCUACCUCAUACCAGACCGCCUCUCCUCUCUGCAGACCGCCUCUCCUCUCUGCAGACCGCCUCUCCUCUCUGCAGACCGCCUCUCCUCUCUCACGGGUGCCACACCCUCCCUCCCUACCUGCUGCCUGUUUCUGUUCAACCCUGCAGACCGCCUCUCCUCUCUGAUCGCCAGGCCAAGGAACUCAUCUCGAACCUACAUUGGAUGCAUGAAGAGGGGAACUGUGGGCACUAACCCUGAUAUGAAGUGGUAUGAGCGCAAGUCGUGGCUGCUGGGGUCGCACUACUUCAUGCAUGCCUUCGGAGCCAUCUACGCCCUCUCCUACGACGUGGUCAACAUUCUCAACGCCAUCCCCGACGACGGGCUGAGCAUGUUCACAAACGAGGAUGUGUCAGUGGGAGCGUGGAUGCUUGCCUUCGACGUGCAACAUGAGAAGUCAUAUGCUCUCUGUCAGAAGAACUGCACGCCCUCUGCUGUGGCUCUCUGGGAGCCAAUCUGUGCCGGCCUCUGCCGGCCGUAUGUGCAGAUGAAGGAGCUUCAUCGAAACCCCGCGUGCUCUGGGACACACACAUUUUAA